ACUGGACCCCAAAAUAUUCAAAAUGGCGUCGUGUUUAUAUUACUUUUUCUUUGAAUUAUCGCAUAAAGAAUGAGCCAUUCUCUGCAAAGUUUGCGAACUGGGACAGAUUUUUGGCCAUGAAAAAAUCUGGUAGGGACGCUUCUUUCAUGUAAUACUGUUUAUUGUGAGUUAAUUAUAUUUAACGUCCAUUUACUGACAUUUGAAAUAUAACACUAUAUCAAUAUAUGUACUGACAGUACCGUAUUAAACACAGUACAGACGGAAACGGGUAUGAGUGCACAUUUGUGACAGCUGGAUUUCUACUGUUUUUCAUCUUUAAGGUAUUAGUACUUGGAUGAGAGAAGAUGCACAGAUAAAUGCACGAAUAGACAAAAGAUUUUAACAAAAUAUCUUCACAGGAAAAUUAUCUUCUUUCGUUUUGUAGGAAAUUUUUGUCAUCUUGUAUACUGGAAUGCCAUAAUAAUUAACUUAUUGUUUACGAAAGCGUGGAUCAAAAUGCCGUGGAUUAUUGCGGCAACGACGGCAAUUUUGUGCCGUAUAGUGCAAUUUUUACACUUAAUUCACUGUGCAUUACUACUUUGUUACUUGAAUUCAGAUGUUGAUCAAAUCAUGCGUACAUCACUAUUUUAGUCUCAGUUUUCUUCGACAAAAGAAAUAUGUAUACAUGUUUCUAGCUUGUCAAAAAUCCAAAGUAACAAUAAAAUUAAAGUUUUACUACAGUAAUUUGAAAAAUGCCGUGGAAACUGCCAAAAUUGCCGUAGACAGCUGUUACGUUCUACGGCAAUUUUUAACGCCAUUGCCGUCGAUUGAUUUCAGGGAAAUUCGAGGCCUGCUUUAUAGCCAUGGUUUGUGGCUAUAUAGUAUGCCUGUUUUUGGCGUACCCUAUGUAAAGGAUAUAAAGUACGCCGGAGUUUGGCAUACCGUACCUACAGUAACCGUUCUCUGAAAUCUACAUGUGUAGGGAAUUUUAUAUUUGGCUUACAAAGGAAAUUAUUAUUUUUGAAAUUUGCUGUUCAUGUUUGCAUCUCAUGUUCAUAUUUUGCCAAUGUGUAUAUUUUUCAGGUUUAAACAAGUCACACAAGUGGAGUGGAACAGAUAUAAGCCUAAUCAUAAUCCUAGCAUUCUGCUCGUUAGUGAUCGUGUUCAUUGGUUAUAGCUGCUGUCGCCGUCGACGGGCCAAACGCAAAAAGAAAUCUGAGCAAAGGAAGAUUGUCAAAGGGCGCGGUCGUCCAGAGAAUGUUCAACUGCUAGGCUCGUCACAGCAAUCCAACGAGAGUUUAGAUGUGAGUGUUUAUCUUGUCAAGGAAAGCACUAGAUUGUUUCCCGAUUAUGGAUAAACCAAAUUCAACCAAUUUUAUAAUUUACAAAGCUUUGGAUUGAUAGGGGUACAACUACCUGAAAAAUACAAGGAGAACUUCAAUGUUUCGAGCUAAGGCCCUUCAUUGAGAAGGGCUUCACAGGAAGUCGUUACUAACUUUAUGAUCAAGGGCAGAUCCCUUGUAUUUUUCUGGUAGUUGUAGUAGGGUGAGGUGGUUUUUCGGUAAGCCGAAAAAACUGAUGUUUUUUGAAAACCGAAAUACUCAAUGUUACUUUUGGAGAAAAACUGGAAAACCGGAAAACCCCCCAGAGAAAACGGAAUAAACUCGAAGAAAAAUCGGUAUUGUACUAAAAUCGAACCACACUUACACGAGUUUGUUGCAAAUGAAUCAAGUUUUGGCAUUUACAAACGAAAAACUAAAAAAGAGAUUUGGUUUGAAAUUUGAUAACGUCUUCAAAAUACCUUACGUUUAUGUUUAAUAUCUUGUGUGAGUACUGAGUAGCGUGUUGUGUUUUUUUUACUGUAUCUUUCAGCUGGAGGGUCAAGGCUCAAACACAACUGGUCACCCGUCUUCCGAAGAAAAUCCUGAAAACAAGAGGAAAACAUCUCCUACUUCCUCCCAAAACCCAAACGGUCGUUCUCUCUUCAGUUUGAUAAUGUCCAGUCUGUGCGGAGGUGGUAGUGGCACUUCGGAUUGUGACGCCGAAGCUUCUAGCAAGAGUGAGUCCAAAGGUGCCAGCACUUCUAAACAGGUCUCUUCAAGAACUCGGUCCAAAGGAACCUCGAAGAAAGGCGAUCAUAGCCCUGUGAUGCUAGAACUAGAAGAACUGGAUAAUAGCAAAAGUGGAAAAACUGAUAAAGAUCUCAAAAAUGGUAGUGUAGCAAAGUCUGGUAGUUCUGUUGUGAAGUCUAAACAGACUCUAACAGAUGAUGACCCGUUAAAGUCCAAGACCAAAACAGGGCAGCUGGCUGGGAUAGGUCGUGAUAAGGGUGAAGGGGGGAAGGGAAAGACUAAAAGCAGCGCCUCAAAAUCAGCAAAAAGGAGCGACUGUUCUAAGAAUUGUACUGGUAGUACAUGUAAAAAGUGUGGUGCUUUUAAAAACAAUGGUGAUGAUGGUGUUGGUAAUAAUGAUGAUGGUAAUAAUGAUGAUGGUAAUUAUGAGGUUAUAGUCAAAAAAAGGACUGAGCAAAGCUCAAGUAAACAUGGAAAAUACGAGGCGAGAAAGGACGAAGGCAAACGCCGUGGUGACAAGAGGAGCGAGAUUGUGGUUCACCUGACAAGAAGUAAAGCGAGCUCAGAGAAGAAAUCUGGUAUGUAUAAUGAGUGGCUAAGAUACCUACAGUGCCUUGCAUGCUUUAUUCACAAAAUUGUGUAUUAUAUUAUUAAAAAAACUUUUACUCACUCAAGUUUGUAUUUAAUUUUCAGAGACGACAGUGAAGGCAGGAAUCCAGCGUUCAUUGGAUGAUGACUAUUCGUAUAAAAUGAACGUAGAUAAUGAUUAUGAUAUGUGUCGAGAGUAUGAUGAUGAUAAAGCCAAGGGAAAUACCCCAAUGGACGUUGAUAAGGAACAACCUGUCGUCAAGGAGAUCGCUGAUGCCAUAGAAAGUGAUGUGUAUACAAAAGAUGACAUGGAAAUUGAUAAACAAGGUUUUGAAGAUUUUCUUAUUCAAAGUCUGUGUGUAAAUUAUCAGGAUUUUGUAUCCGAUACACAAGGCUUCUUCACCGUCACAAUUUCCUUUCUGUGAAUAAACCUUUCCCCUUUUGAGUGAAAUUUUGAUCUAGACAAGUCUGGACAAAAAUUUCAUCACAGCUUGAAAGAGCAUCACAAAAUUAGUAAUAUUCCGAAGUUUCGUUGCGAAAUGUUGUAAAAUGCGGAUAAUAUAGCCUUGCGAAGUUUGCCGUUUUUCAGUCAUUUUGUAUUACAAAUGCGAAAAUGAUAAUCAGUUUGAUCAUCUGAUUAUCAACUAAUGUGAAUUACAAAUAUUACUUAAAUUUGUGUUGUUACUCUUUAAGAUAAACCAACAAUGCCACGAAACGAGGCGUCCUUAGGGCAACAUGGAAAUGCCAGUGGCGGGACGACUGAAAGAUCUAUGGAGGAAAAACGGAUUGAAAGUAUUGGUGAAGUAUUUAAUGUGAUGCAGUAUGCAAAGAAAGAAUGGAAAAGUGAAACGGCAACUGCUCAAGCGGUUAGAGAGGUAAGAUAUUAUCAUAGUGGAUGGCUUUAUCGGUUCUAAACUGUUCUCUCUAUAAAGCCUCGGUCAAAUCACAGUUAAUAAAAUGCAUGGUCUGGUGACUCGGUGAAAACACAAUACAGCUCAUUAUCUAUGUUUGUGUAGGUUUAUGCAAAAAUAUGGGUCCUAUCUCGUCACGUGUGUAUCGAAUUUUUUCGAAAUCAACCAAUAGUAAUGUGUAGAUUGACCAAUUGUUUCAGUCACGGAUGAACAGCUGAGUUCGAACGUUCAGCUAUUGGUUGUUUACGGUAAAAUACAAUACACACGUGACAAGAACGGAACCACUUUUUGCAUAAACGAGAACAAUAAUAUAGAUAAUAAGUUGUAUUGUGCUGUAAGUGAGCUUCCAAACCAUGUAUAUUUUAUUAACUGUAAUCAAAUGCGAAUAAGAGUGAAUGAGUGUUGGCGGCUAGAAGCAACCUGAGGGAACCCGUGGUGUUUUCAUAGAGCCAAACAGGAAUCUCUCUUGCAAACAGCUGAGACGAAAUUACAAUCAGACAGCUGUAUAUUGCUGGAAUUGAGGCAUAUGCAUACACUAGCUACUUAGCCAACUUUAUCUUACCUUAUGAAUAUGUUUUCCUUGUUCAGGGUUACUUCCAAAUCCCACACCAACUUGGCCUCAACAAGUUGCGUGUAAUCCGUGGUGACAAUUACUGUGCCAUCAGAGCUACCCUCUUUCAAGUACUGGCGAAGAAAAUUCCUAUCUUGUCACAACUAGGGAAGAUUGAAGAGGUAUUUAUAAGAUGGGUGGUUGACCGGUUGCUUUGUUUGUCGAUUACCUGGUUGGUCAGUUGGUUGGUCAGUCAGUCGGUAGGUCAGUUGGUUGGUCAGUCGGUAGGUCAGUUGGUUGGUCCAGUCGGUAGGUCAAUUGGUAGGUCAGUUGGUUGGUCCAGUCGGUAGGUCAGUUGGUAGGUCAGUUGGUUGGUCGGUAGGUCAAUUGGUUGGUCAGUCGGUAGGUCAAUUGGUAGGUCAGUUGGUUGGUCAGUCGGUAGGAUUGACAAUUGGUAGGUCAGUUGGUAGGUCAGUUGGUUGGUCGGUAGGUCAAUUGGUUGGUCCAGUCGGUAGGUCAAUUGGUAGGUCAGUUGGUUGGUCAGUCGGUAGGAUUGACAAUUGGUAGGUCAGUUGGUUGGUCAGUCGGUAGGUCAGUUGGUUGGUCCAGUCGGUAGGUCAAUUGGUAGGUCAGUUGGUUGGUCAGUCGGUAGGUCAAUUGGUUGGUCAGUCGGUAGGUCAAUUGGUAGGUCAGUUGGUUGGUCAGUCUGUAGGAUUGACAAUUGGUAGGUCAUUUGGUUGGUCAGUCGGUAGGUCAAUUGGUAGGUCAGUUGGUUGGUCAGUCGGUAGGUCAAUUGGUAGGUCAGUUGGUUGGUCAGUCGGUAGGUCAGUUGGUAGGUCAGUUGGUUGGUCAGUCGGUAGGUCAGUUGGUAGGUCAGUUGGUUGGUCAGUCGGUUGGUCAGUCGGUAGGUCAAUUGGUAGGUUAGUUGGUUGGUCCAGUCAGUAGGUCAAUUGGUAGGUCAGUUGGUGUGUCCAGUCGGUAGGUUAGUCGGUAGGUCGAUCAGUUUAUAGGUUGGUCAGUCAGUUGGUCAGUCGGCUGGUCGGGUAGUUUGGUUGGUCCUUUGGUUGGUUGGUUGGCAGGUCGGUCAGUCAGAGUUACGCUCGUACAUAUAAACAAAAUGAUAUCAAAUUUUUAGCUUCCACAAGAGUUAAUAGGUUCAGGUAUAGAUUGGAUCCAUGACUGGAAUUUUGCAUCGAGACUCCAAGUGGAAAGAAGUAAAGUUUGCGAGGAAAUCAAAGUUUGCCUCACGGAACUGUCCAAAUUGGUAAGAACGACAUUUC